AUGAACAGUCAGUACAUGAGGGUAGAGAUUUUUGCUUUCGAAACCUGCAUAUUGAAAAAUUUUUGGGAAGAGAGAAUACAAAAGCAAACGGAAGAAAGAGAAAAUGAAACUGCCAGGAAACAACGAAGUGCUUUACAGAGGCUUCGCAAUGAAUGGGCAGAGAGACUGAAUAAAAAGAUGGAAGUGCCAAAAACUCAAAACAAUUCGUGAACAUCAUUUUUUCUUUAUAGACUAUGGAUUCCUGGAAGAGUCUACCAAGUAAACAUGAAUGAUUGGUUCAUUCAAAUGAACACAAUCAUAAUCAGUAAUUAUUUUUCUUUUCCUUUAAUUUCCUUAUUACUCGACCAUGGAGAACUUUAAAAAAUGUGUGGAAAUAGGCUAAGAGUUUUAUUAUAUAACAUUGUGAUGUACAAUAAUAUAUACAUUUUAUGUUACUAGUUGGUAUAGGGGAUGGUAUAGUGGGGUGCAUUG